UUUACCUGGACGACACCUGGACGACAAUGAGCACCAGGGACGAUAACUUUACGCUUCAAGUCAUAUAUCCUGAGAGCCCCCGACUGCAAGAUGACUACUUGGCAUUUUUCGGCAAGCACGACGGCUCUCUCGAAAAGGCCAUUCGCAGCGUAAGGGACGAAACUACCGGUGGAAAGAUACCAGAGGCACAUAGGAAGCAGCGAGAAGGGAGGGACGGGCCGAACCAUCAUAUAACCCUCGUACAUCGAAACGACUUGCUAUCAGGAACUGGGGUUGCGGGAAAGGCUGGUCACUCAGCCGCGGCAUUUGGGACGGUCUGCGAAGCCUUUGAAAGAUACACAGCUGCGUGCACACUACCGCAAGAGCUUGUGUUGCUGGGCUUAGCAUCGAUACCCACCCAGCCCGACGUCAUCCUCAUCCCAGUCGUCCACCUUCCAACCUUAUUCUCUCGCGCGCGUCUCAAUUUACGAACAAAGAACCUGCACGCAACUGUGGCUUUCGCGGACGCCGAUGUCGUAGACGAUUCUCUGAGGGAUUGGAAACGGAUAACGUGGAGAGCACGUCACGGAGAAGCUUUGUGUUUCUUGUUGCAAUCCUGUCAGGAUUGGCUGAGGGCGCAUAGUAAAGGCGCAAAUGAGGUGGAGAGGAACAUCAUUGCAGAGAACAUCAGGGAUCUAUGCGGGCUGGUUCUAGGUGACGACGGGUGGAUGAAGGAUUGGAGACGAUGCACUUCGGACGCAAGUGAGAAUGGAAGCGAAGAUAAGGAAGACGGGUCGCAUGGCGAGCUGUUGCACUUGCGAUCUAGGAUGCAUGGGAUCUUAGGCGACCACAAAGCAGCACUGAAGGAUGCGCUAGAGGCUUUCAACAUUGACUCGGAGUCUGUAGCGUACACUGCGCGGCUGGCGACGGUGUUGUUGGAUGUGGGGGAUGGAGAGCGGGCGAAGAGGUACGUAUCCAGAGCACUGAUACGCAACCCUGGAAACAAACUCCUGGGAAUCGUAUUAAGUCAGGCGGAAAGGAAUAUUGGCCCGCAGCGACCGUGAACGACUUACUGGGAUCUGACGUCUGGGUGGGGCAUGAUCGGCAAGAGCAGUCCCCCUUCGCGAGACACGACCUCGGUUCGACUGAACAUUGGCAAGACCAGGGCUAAAUGUGGUAUACCGGCAGGUCCACAC